AUGUCGUUGUUUCUGAAACCGAUUCUUCCUUCUACAUUUGGAUCAUCUCUAACUCCAUGCAGUGUCAGAUUUUUACGAAAGAUUGCUGCUGCUCGCCUUCGCAAACUUAUUGCCACCGAAAACGAGAAAACAAGGGAUUUAAUUGUGCCUGGCCCUGAAAAGUCCAGUACAUGGUGGGCACCUAUACCCACUGAUCCUCAGAAGAAGAUUGUUGGCAUUCGCCCCGUUCGGCCAUUACCACAACUUCGAAUUGCAAUGGUUCGUGAGGGUUGUACCAAUCGGCCUUUCUAUACUAUUCAGGUAAAGUACAAUCAGACUCACUCAAAGGACCAGGGCAUCGAACAGUUGGGUUCCUGGGACCCCUUUCCCAAUAACAUUUACGGCGAACAGCUCGUCGGGCUAAAUGUGAACCGUAUCUUCUUCUGGAUGGCCCAGGGGGCAGAACCAACAAAGCGAGUUGCAGAACUGCUCGGCCUCGCAGGCGUCCUUCCAGUACAUCCCCAUAGUUACCUGGUUGCCCACAGGGCCCGCCUUGCUCUGGCCAAACGACUGCAAGAGAACCAAGAACAGGAGGCUAAAAAGGCAACCGAGGUGUCGGAGGAAGCAGUCUUGCCAUCAGAAGAAAAAGAAGAAGCAAGCUCUCCCACGAAAGCUGAUAGUGGAGGUGAGAGCGACGCCGAGGAAGAUUUGCUCAACCGGCCUGAUGCGCUUUGGCGUCGCCAGAGGUUUGCCCCCACCUGGUGGCGUCAUGGCUUAGUAUGA